UGUGCAUUCUAGAGAGAGAAAGUGAUGGGUAAGCAGCUGGUGAGAAUGAAGGCAGUGGUUUACGCCUUGUUUCCAUUCCAGCAAAAGGUGAUGUCGGGCCUCUGGAAAGAUUUGCCUGGUAAGAUCCACCACAAGAUCUCUGAAAAUUGGAUCAGUGCUAUCCUUCUCCUUGGCCCUCUCAUCAGAACAUACUCCUAUGUGUAGUGGUAUCAGGAAAAGGAGAAGAUGGAGCACAGAUUCUGAAAAUUCUAUGUU